AUGAAUAUCACAACCGAAAGCCAGUUCCUCGAAUCUAUUGGUGUUAUGUAUCAAGAUUUAAUUACACACCUCAGUCGAGGAGUUAUUUACCAAGUUUACUCACCUAAUUACAAGAUGAGUUUUGCCCUUAAAACGAUUCCAGAGGACAUGCUUUCUGAGUCAGAAUUGCGUUGCUUGGAAGCUAUCGAUGAUCCAAAUAUUGUUAGUCUAUAUCAAAUCUAUAAGUUUCAAGGCUUUAGUUAUUUAAUGAUGGAAUAUUGCCCUAAAGAUUUAGACACAUUGCUCAAAGAAAAACGUUCGAUACGCGGUGAAGAGUUAUGCAAUAUGUUAUUUAAUGUUACAAGAUGCGUUAGAGCAUGUCACGAUAAUGGUAUUGCACAUUGCGAUAUUAAACCAUCGAAUUUCCUCGUAGACAAAUAUAACCGAGUGAAAAUUAAUGACUUUAGCAAAUCUGUGAUUCUUACAGACCCACCAUUAACUUCACAACGCGAAGGCACAAAAUUAUAUCAAGCACCAGAAAUAUUUUCCGAAAAAGAGUAUAAUCCUGUGAAAGCUGAUAUCUGGUCACUUGGUGUCCUCAUGUUUUACAUGACAACUAACACAUAUCCAUUUCAAGCAGAUGAUCCUUACACAACAAUAGAAAAAAUUCAGAGCGGAAUUUAUAAUGAAAAUAAGAUCUCAGAUCCACAACUACGCUUCGUAAUUAGGAAAUGUUUAGAUAUAGACCCCAAUAGUAGACCAGAUGCAUUAGAUCUUUUGCAAAUGCCAUAUUUCAUGAACGCUAUUACCAAAUCAACAGAUAAAAUAGGAAAUAACUCAGCACGUGCUCACAAUUUAAUAGUUAAACCGAAAAUACAGAAAGGAAAAAUUAAUAUUAGUCUCCAGAAUCAAGCUGCGUUAAUUACAAACAAAGCUAACAAGAUACAUAUUAAUUGCAUUACUAAGUAA